GAUGAGGAAUCAGUAAAAAUGAAAAAGUUUGACUCAGUCUUUAGCUAACAUUUCAUAUGUGGUUACCCAAUAGAUGAUUAAAUUAUUCCAAUUUAAUUAAUCUUUAGACCGUGUUGAUAAUGAGUUAAACAGAAAAGGCGAGUGUGGAGGCAUGAGCAGUCUGUCGUCUGCCAGACGGAAGACUUCCUCCUCUUCCGCAGUCUCUUCAUCCGCCCGUGAGAGGACUUCUCGGUAUCUUCGGUUUGCAGAUCACCUGGAAAAACGGAGGUGCGAGCUGGAAAUCGAUGAGGCUAGUUCGCAGGCCGAGCCGACAGAUGGCCGGACGCAAGUCGCUGCCGGUGCCGGGCUUCCACCACUCAGUCAUGCCCCGGGCACCGAGUUCCAUGGAUUCUCGCUCCGCCAACGCUCCUGGAUAAAUUGAUAAUAAAACAAAACAAACAAACACGUUGAGACUAAAUAUCCAUUGCGCCAGGUGAGAAGUUCGUUUCACUGAGGGAAAAGAGAAAAACUUGACGGGGGAUGGGCGGGGCGGGGGCGCACUGAUUUCCGGUGAUGAUGGAGACCGGAAACCGGACGUGGACGGAUGAGGGGGCCGGCCACCCGGCAGUGCAGCCGACCCCGCAAGACGGAUGGACCCUGAUAGUGAAGGCCUGCCUCAUGGGCUUCAUCAUACUGGCGGCCAUACUCGGCAAUCUCCUCGUCAUCGUGAGCGUGAUGCGCCACAGGAAGCUCCGGGUCAUCACUAACUACUUCGUCGUCUCUUUGGCCCUGGCGGACAUGUUAGUCGCCCUCGGCGCGAUGUGCUUCAACGCAAGCGUCGAGCUGACCGACGGCACGUGGCUCUUCGGAUCGUUCAUGUGCGACGUAUGGAACUCCCUGGACGUUUACUUCUCCACAGUUUCCAUCCUCCACUUGUGUUGCAUAUCCGUCGAUAGGUAUUACGCGAUUGUGCAGCCCCUCGAUUACCCUCUGAUCAUGACGAGGCGGAAAUUGGCGAUCAUGCUCGCCGCCGUCUGGUUCUGUCCCGCCUCGCUCUCCUUCCUUCCUAUUUUCAUGGGAUGGUAUACGACUCCAAAACACCUGGCUUAUCUUUCGGAAAACCCUCACCUUUGCGAGUUUAAAGUCAAUAAAACCUACGCAGUCCUCUCGUCCAGCCUCAGCUUCUGGUUACCUGGUGUCAUAAUGAUCUUCAUGUACUACAGAAUAUACAUCGAAGCGGAUCGCCAGGAACGCAUGUUAUACAGGAGCAAAGUAGCGACGGCUUUGCUCAACAAGCACCUGCAAAUAAACGGGAUCGCCGCCGGGAUGGACGUGGGCGGGAGCGAGCCUCUCCGGCCUUUGGCGACUACGAGCAAAAUGAAACGAGAGAGGAAAGCGGCAAGAACUUUGGGGAUUAUCAUGUCCGCCUUCCUCGCCUGCUGGCUGCCUUUCUUUUUGUGGUACAUAAUCACGACGCUGUGCGAGCCUGAGGUGUGCUAUUGUCCGCACGCGGUGGUUGCAGCCGUUUUUUGGGUCGGAUAUUUCAAUUCCGCCCUCAACCCGAUCAUCUACGCCUAUUUCAACCGCGAGUUCCGGGCUGCUUUCAAGAAGACUCUCGAAUCCUGCUGCAAGACGCUCGUUUUGUGGAGGCGGUCGGGCGGAGGAUUGGACCGCGACUCAGGACUCGCCGCCCCCGGCUACGGGGGCCAGCGUCCCAACCAGAUCGCCGCCUCCAACGUCUCGUCCCAAGCUGAGAUACACGUGAUUAACUCAUCCAUCGCCAGGGCGUCGACGACCGAGGAGAUCGCCAACAUAAACCACAAUCCCGACGCAACCGAGGACGUCAUCUAGAAGAUGUCGACAGAUUCAAAACAGUACAAAAUUCUCGACAGGAAGUCGAACUCUUCUCUCUUCUUCCGUUGGUCUAGUUUACAGUAAUAACCACUGUUUACUAAUUAACGCCCAAACACGGCAACAAAAACAAUCGAAACAAAUCGAUAUUUCACGAACGAAUCAAUAGAUUAGGUCAAAUGGAUUCAGUUAUACGUAAAAAUAUACGUUGUUAAAUUGUUUCCUAAACAAAUCAAUAAAACACAUUUAUUGAAUCAAUCGAAGAACUUCGAAAAACAAAUCUACUGAAGAAUUGUGUAAAUUAAUAAUUUCAAUAGAUUCUUGAGGUGCCCCUCACAUUAUUUUGUUUUUAAACCAUCCCAAAUGCAAAGUUUUUACAGACUUUUUCCUAAUAAAAAAAACUUUUUCAUAAACAACCAAUUCUAUCGGUUAAAGAAAACAAUUUAAUAAUCAAUUUAGUAUAGGUUUAUACAAGCAGAUCGAUUGACAUUCAACUAAAACUUUUCUAGCAUUAAAAACCAUAGCAUUCGACGCCUUUUGUUAUUGUUUGAUAUAUUCCAAUGCUGGUUUUUAUGUUGUAAAACCACCCUAUAUUAAAUUUGGGGUUGUUUUUCAUUCUAGUCAAUCUCACGUUUAACGCGGAUCUCUCGGUUUUGAACCAGAGACCGUGAAUAUAAUAAAAAAAGGGGAAAACAAUCAAGCGCUACUUGGUUUUAGAUUGAGACACGGUGGUAGAGCAAAAUAUGUUUUCCUUUAUAAAAUGCCAACGAUAGUUGUACAAAAGUUUCCUUUUGGAAGCAUCGUAAUACUCGACGAUAAAUUUUUGUAAUAAAGAUCCAGAAAACCUAUUUUGUAUAAAAACAAGCCAGACCUUGUGGCGGAAAUAAAAAUAAAAAAAGUAUCUUCCAAUAAACUUUAUGCACAAAAUCCUCAGAAAUUGUUAAACCGAGUAGGCAAACUUUCGACACAAACCAGUGUAUUAAU